AUACUAGAUUUUAGAACCAUCGACGUCCCGCACGGACUCGGUUUGAGUCGUCCACGUUCAAGGUAAAAUAUUCUCGGUCGCCGUUUCGAUAAAUAAUAAAUAUAUAAGCGGCGGCCUUGCCGCGUAAACGCAUAUUAAAUAGUUAUACAAAAUAUGUAGAUGGGAGAAAUCAGUGCGAACUUUAGUGAAGUUUAAGGAGUUUUUAAAAGUGUUUACUGUUUAUUAUAAUUACUAAGAAUAUUUGUAACAAUAUGCCAGCUAUCGGAAUAGAUCUCGGUACUACAAAUUCCUGUGUCGGUGUAUGGCAGGAUGGGAACGUGAAAAUUAUCGCAAACGACCAUGGCAACCGUACCACGCCAUCGUACGUCGCUUUCACGGACACCGAGCGACUGAUCGGAGACUCGGCGAAGAACCAGGUGGCCUUCAAUCCCAGCAAUACAGUCUUCAACAUCACACGACUAAUCGGCCGCAAGUCUGGCGACCCAAAAAUCCAGCAGGAUAUGAAAUACUGGCCCUUCAAAGUCAUCAACGAUUAUGGCAAACCGAAAAUCCAGGUCGAAUUCAAAGGGGAACCCACGAAAUUCGCACCAGAGGAAAUCAGCAGUAUAGUGUUAACGAAGUUGAAAGAAACAGCCGAAACCUACCUGGGUACCUCCAUCAAGGACGCAGUUAUCGCAGUGCCAGCAUGUUUCAACGAUUCACAACGACAAGCUACAAAGGACGCCGGCGUACUCGCAGGUUUGAAUGUUCUCAGAAUUAUAAAAGCGCCCUCAGCGGCAGCUAUAGCUUACAGUUUCAAUAAGAAUUUUGAAGAACGUAACGUUUUGAUAUUCGAUCUCGGUGGAGGAACUUUAAGCAUCUCAAUUUUCAAUAUCGAGAAUGACAUUAUAGAGGCAAAGUCUGUAGCAGGAGACACACACUUGGGAGGUGUGGAUUUUGAUAAUCGUCUAGUUAACCACCUCGCGGAGGAAUUCCAACAGAUAUACAAAAAGGGUUUGCGCGGGAACCCGCGGGCUUUACGUCGCCUUCGCACCGCGGCCGAGUGCGCUAAGCGGACGCUUUCAUGGAGCAUGGAAGCGACUAUCGCAAUAGACACCCUACACGAAGGAAACGACUUCUGUACAAAGGUAUCCCGAGCGAGGUUUGAGGAUUUAAACUCUGAUUUAUUUAGUGAAACUUUGAAGCUAGUUGAAAAAGCUCUCAAAGACGCGAAACUAGAUAAGAGCGAAAUAGAUGACGUCGUUCUAGUUGGAGCUUCGACGCGCAUACCAAAAGUGCAGAGUUUGCUGCAAAACUUCUUCUGUGACAAGAAACCCAACCUAACCAUGAACUCUAAUGAGGUUGUCGCUUACGGUGCCGCGUUACAAGCAGCUGCACUGAGCUUUAAAGAUGAAUUACCUAAUUUUUUAUUAAUCGACGUGGCACCACUGUCGCUCGGAAUCGAAACGGCGGGCGGAACUAUGAAAGUUAUCAUAAAACGCAAUACCUCAAUCCCUACUAAAAUUUGGCAUACCUUUACUACUAAUUCGGACAACCAAUCGGGAGUCACCAUCAAAGUUUACGAGGGUGAGAGAGCGAUGGCCAAAGACAACAACCUGCUAGGAACCUACAAGUUGGCCGGUAUCCCGCCACCGCAGCAAGGAAUUCCAUUAAUCGACUUGGCCUUUAGUUUGAACGAGAACAAUAUCUUACACGUAUCAGCUAAAGAGAACAGUACCGGACGAAAGCAAAAAAUUUUCAUAAAGAACGACAAUGGAGGACUAUCGCAAGCUGAUAUAGACCACAUGUUAUCCAAAGCGAAGAAAUACAAAGAAGAGGACGAGAUACAGCGUCAGAAAGCCGCAGCUAGGUACCAGUUUGAGUCAUACAUAUUCAGCGUCAAACAAGCCCUGGAUAACACGGAUGAGAAAUUAUCCGAGACGGAUAAGAACAGCGCAAGGAGCGAGUGCGAUAAAGCGCUCCGUUGGUUGAGCAACAACACGUUGGCUGACAAAGAGGAGUAUGAGUACCAGAUGGAGGAACUCCAGAGAACUUGCUCGUCCGUGAUGAGCCAACUCCACAGAGCAAGUGACACGUAAGCCGAUCCAGGCGCGCAAGGUAUGGAGAUCGAUUAAAUUAAUUUGCCUCUUUUAGUAGGUAGUCAGUAUCGUUUGAAUAUACUCUUAUUUGUAUGAUUUUAAUUUCAAGAAUUAAAGCAGGGUUAUGAUUUUUUGUAUUUGUAUUAAGUUAAGAGCUAAGAUCACCUAUUGAUAUAUUUUCCUAAAUAUUAAAACCUUAUUGUU